GUCCGUCGCGCCCUGAUGACACCAGCUAACGCAAGCGGCGUGCUUGGCGUCAGGACGCGGCUGCAGUAUCCGGAAGUGAUUGAGAGGAGAAAGAUGGAGGCAUCGCAGAUGUUUUGCAGCGCAGUGUUGUUGCUGUUUUGUAGCUGGGGGGCUCUGGGCUCCUUGGACACCGCUCUGGGGGACAGCUCGUCCUGCCACCAAGUCUGCGAGGGCACCUACCCCCUGCACACCUACCCUGAGGAGGAGGAGCUCUUUGCCUGCCAUAGAGGAUGUCGUCUUUUCUCUAUCUGUCAGUUUGCGGGGAUUGGUGAAGACUUGAACAAGACUAAGCUGGAAUGUGAAUCAGCCUGUACAGAAGCUUACCCCCAGUCCAAUGAGCAGUAUGCUUGUAUCCUGGGCUGUAACAGCCAGAUGCCUUUUGCAGAGAAGCGUCAAGAAGAGCUGUCGGACAUGGUGCCUCGUAUACAUGUCCUCUUCCCUCUGACUAUGGUAAAAGCUUUCUGGAGUGACAUGAUGGAUUCUGCUCAAAGUUUCAUAUCAUCGUCAUGGACAUUCUACAUUCAAGCAGAUAAUGGGCGUAUUCUGAUAGUACAGUCUCCACCAGAAAUUCAGCAAAUGCCGCCAUUGUACUCAGAAAACCCAUCGGCAAGAGGCAACUUGCUGGAUACUGUUCGAAACCUAGCAUCUGAAGACCAUGCAGGAGAGGGACCGUGGAACAGAAGAGGCGAUUUCCUGGAAUUGGAAAGAGGAGCCAGCAUUAUGAAGUGUCUAGCUAUGAAUUCCAACUGGCUCCUCACAGCCACAUUGAUUCUUUCUAUCUUGGUUCUGCUCUGGAUUUGUUGUGCUACUGUAGCUACCGCAUCUGAUCAGUAUGUUCUCUCUGAGAAGCUGAGUAUAUAUGGGGAUCUUGAAUAUCUGAAUGAUGAGAAGCUAUACAAGUACCCUCCUGCAUCGUUGGUGGUCGUUCAUGGAGCUCCACAGGAAAAUGAAGAAGCGGGCCCUUUGCCCACAAAGGUAGACUUGGCCAAGUCUGCCAUAUAACCAGCCGCGCAGCCUUCAAUUAUCGCUUCCUGUGACCAUGUACAAGGGGCGGGCGCCCUGUAGCGCUAUGGAUUUCUAGAGAAACUAUGGACUUCUAUAAACUCCAUCAGAUUAACAGCUUCCGUGUGGUGUGUGGGAUACGGGGAUCUCUAAUCUGAGUUAUAUAUUACUAUCUAGGACUGGAUCUAAUUGCACAGCUAGGCUCUGGCAUAAUCUUUUUGCUGCUGGGUGAAUAUUCUCCUGAUUUUUUUGCAUCCUGUUCCUGACUGUAAAUCUGUUCUUAUCCGAAGGUUGGGAUACAAUGAUACAUCAUUCUGUAUCUGCUUUGCAAGCCUCUCCUACGUGACACAAGUCUGGAUGAAACACUGCCAAUGUGUCCGUGUCACACUGUUACAUUCACUGAGAACUUUGUGUUUGUUUACAUGGGAACUUGUGAACUUUAGCAAAGGAAUCAGUGACCUGUAAUAAGCUUGCUUGUAUAAUUGCUACCAGAAAGCAGCAGAGUAUUUCAUACAAUGCACCAUUGUUAAUGAGCCGGAAAAUGAGUCAGCCAUUGAAGUGUACUAUAAACGCUGUUUAUUCUUAGAGGUGGGAUAAGUUUUACUGUUUCAGCAUAGCAUAGGAUCUUUGAGUAAGGAUUGAUGAGCUUUGAAUUGCACAGACACUUUCUAUGGCAUUUUAAGCCGUAAGUGUAUGUUCAGUUUUUUUUUUUUUUUUUUAUUAGUUUUGGAUAGUGCAGGAAGGAUUCGAACCUCUGUCGUUUUUUUUUUUUUUUUUUCUGCUAUCUCAAGCUCUGUGGCAGAAUACUUCCUUUUUACAUGGCAAGUUUCACCAGGCAGGAAGUGAAGCAAAAUCCACAACAAGGAAACUAAGCAAUAAAAACUAAUAGAGACUUUGCUGCUCCAAGGGAUAUGGUGUAUGUACCCCACAAGUCGAGGAUCACAUUUUACAGACCUGGUCCUGGUAUGUUCAGUAAAAAGAAAUUGCUUAAA